AUGGACAACGCGGGGAACUGUGACACGACGGCAGAGGAGCUUGCGAACUGGCUGCCGCAUUUCCGCGGAAAGAAGUGGAGGCUGCGCUGCCUGCUUCAUAUCCUCAACCUAAUCGCAAAGGUCAUACUCGCGUUCUUCUACAAGCCGCCGAAGAAGAAGAAGCCAGUCGCUGGUCUGGCCAGCGCCACCACACCCGUUGAAGAUCACGAUGAAGAUGAAGAGGAUGCAGAUGGUGUCGACAGCGCUGACAACACGGUCCUCGCUCAGGACACUGAAGCCCAGGCAGUGGAGGAGGCGGCACAACUUCCGGCGGGCCAGAUUGCUCACGACGAGGCCGCCGCGAAGACGCUCAAGGGCCGUGCCAUAUCCGAGAUGCGCGCUCGAGGCGUGUCGUUCACUGACAACGAGGCCAAGGAAUGUAUCGCCAUCAUGACGAAGGUCGCCGGACUAGCGCGUCGCGUUAAUGACGCUCCGUCAACAUUGGGAGAGGCUUUCUGGGCGAUCCUCAAGACCGCAACGGUGCCAGACAACCGCACCUCCCUAUCUCGACGCGUUGCGACGCGCUGGAACUCGGACUUCAAUUGUCUCGAUGAUCACCUCGUCCUACAGCCCGUCGUCGAGACCCUCACCAACCGAAGCGACCUCAAGCUCCAAGCUUAUCGCCUGACGAGCCGACAAUGGGAUCUCGCCGAGGAGCUGAAGGACCUUCUUCAUAUCUUUGUCCCUUUGACGAAGGAGUUCUCGAAGAAGGAGACACCACUCGUCACGGAAGUUUUGGAUGGCCUAGAAGACGUCAAGGCGCAUCUCACCCUCAUCCGAGACAGCGAGACCAAUGCCAAAGGACUUCCGGCCUCGCCUGUAGUUCGCGUCGCUGCGCAUGCCGGCCUCCUCAUGACCACGAAGUAUUUCUCGCUGACAGCGGAUGAAUGUGAAGCUUAUAAAAUUGCGAUUGUAAUGUCGCCUGACAAGAAGCUCGCCUGGUUUCGCAAGCAUCAGUGGGGCGAGGACGAAGUACAGAAGGUCCGCGACAAGAUUGUACACCGCUGGACCAAGUCGUAUGCCCCGAAGUCCCCGGUUCCGUCUCCGGCGCCACAGCGCCUGCCGAAAUUCUCGACGACAUUAAUCAUUACCUCAACACUCCCGUCAUUUCGAAGGCUCAGCUCGAUAAGCGGGGAGGGGUCAUGA